AUGGCGAUGGCGUUGACGGGUGAUGACCUGGCAAGGACCAGCAGCCGGAGGAGCGGUUGGGCUUCCUCCAGUUUCCGGGACGCCUUGCAGGCUCCGCCGGACCGGUCCUUCGCCGACAGCAGUGUCCACGAGGAAGACGAGGAGCAGCUUAAAUGGGCCGCGAUUGAGAGGGUGGGAAUUGAGGUCCCAAAAAUUGAAGUGAGGUAUAAUAAUUUUUCGGUUGAGGGAGAGGUGUAUAUUGGUUGCAGGGCACUUCCUACUUUGCUGAAUACUACUCUUAAUGUUCUUGAGAGUGCUUUGAGAGCAAUUCAUCUUGUUCCCUCCAAGAAGAAAAAAGUUACCAUACUCAAAGAUGUCAGUGGAAUUGUCAAACCGUCCAGGAUGACACUUCUUCUAGGUCCUCCAGGUUCCGGUAAAUCCACAUUGCUGCUGGCACUUGCAGGGAAGCUUGAGGAUGAUCUUAAGACAUCUGGAAAAGUUACAUAUUGUGGUCAUGAGAUGAAUGAUUUUAUCCCCCAAAGAACUUGUGCCUACGUUAGCCAACAUGAUCUUCAUCAUGGGGAAAUGACAGUAAGGGAGACAUUGGAUUUCUCUGGACGAUGUUUGGGCACUGGUGCACGACAUGAUAUGCUAGCUGAACUCUCACGACGUGAGAAAGAAGGAGGAAUCAAGCCAGACCCUGAAAUUGAUGCAUUCAUGAAGGCCAUAUCUGUGUCAGGUCAAAGAACUAAUGUGGGCACAGAUUAUGUUCUAAAGCUUCUUGGAUUAGAUAUCUGCCCGGAUAUAAUGGUUGGUGAUCAGAUGAGACGAGGUAUUUCUGGUGGCCAGAAGAAGCGUGUUACAACAGGCGAAAUGUUGGUUGGGCCAGCAACAGCUAUCUAUAUGGACGAGAUAUCCACUGGAUUGGACAGUUCCACCACUUUCCAGAUAGUAAAUCACAUGAAGCAUAUGGUUCACAUCAUGGAUUUAACCAUGAUUAUCUCUCUACUGCAACCCGCACCUGAGACUUAUGAACUCUUUGAUGACAUAAUUUUGCUGUCAGAAGGUCAAGUUGUCUAUCAGGGGCCACGUGAACAUGUCCUGGAUUUCUUUGAGUACACUGGUUUCAAAUGCCCUACAAGGAAAGGAGUUGCUGAUUUCCUUCAAGAAGUUACCUCCAGAAAGGAUCAACCGCAAUAUUGGUCCAAGAAAGACCAGCCAUAUAGGUACAUAUCAGUUCCUGAAUUUGUUGAAGCCUUCAAAAACUUCCAUGUUGGCCAACAAGUUUCAGACGAGCUUCUUGUGCCUUAUGAUAAAACUAAAACUCAUCCUGCUGCUUUAGUGAAAAAGAAGUAUGGGCUCUCAAAUUGGGAAAUAUUCAGAGCCUGCUUUUCAAGGGAAUGGCUACUGAUGAAACGCAACUCUUUUACAUACAUUUUUAAGACUGUUCAGAUAACCAUCAUGGCUGUGGUAGCAUCUACGGUCUUUCUUAGGACACAGAUGCCACAUGGCAAGUUGCAAGAUGGCGGGAAAUUUUUUGGAGCUCUCUUUUUCAGCCUCCUGAAUGUAAUGUUUAAUGGCAUGGCUGAACUUGCCAUGACAGUUUUCAGGCUUCCUGUGUUCUUUAAACAAAGGGAUUGCCUCUUCUAUCCAGCAUGGGCUUUUGGUUUGCCUAUAGCUUUGCUCAGGGUCCCUCUAUCUUUUAUGGAAUCAGCAAUAUGGAUCAUCCUCACGUAUUAUCCAAUGGGGCUUGCUCCAGCUCCUGGCAGGUUCUUCCAGCAAUUCUUGACAUUCUUCUGUAUACACUCAAUGGCUCUCUCCCUUUUCCGAUUCAUCGCAGCAGUGGGAAGAACACAGGUUGUAGCCACCACAUUAGGUACUUUCACCCUGCUAGCGGUCUUUGUGUGCGGAGGAUUUGUUGUUUCAAAAGAUGACCUGAAGCCAUGGAUAAGAUGGGCCACCUAUCUUUCUCCUAUGAGCUAUGGACAGAAUGCCAUUGUCAUGUCUGAGUUUCUUGAUGACCGAUGGGGUGCACCUAAUCUGGAUCCCCGAGUCGACGCUCCAACCAUUGGGAAAGCCCUCCUCAAAUCAAGGGGAUUCUACACUGAAGAGUACUGGUACUGGAUAUGCAUUGGAGCACUUGUGGGCUUCUCCUUUCUCUUUAAUGCUCUAUUUAUUGCAGCACUCACAUUCUUUAACCCUUUGGUUGAUGGAAAGACUGUUAUCUUGGAUGAUGAUGACAAAGACAACAGUUUAUCCUCUCCGCAAAUGACAGAGGCAUCUGAAGGGAAAAAAUUGAAAGAGGAAAGUUCUAAUCGCCCUGAAGCUACAGGGCAAUCCAAGAAAGGAAUGAUUUUGCCCUUCCAACCACUGUCUCUUGCUUUCAACCAUAUGAAUUAUUCAGUUGAUAUGCCAGCAGAAAUGAAAAGCCAGGGAGUCCAAGAGGAUCGUCUGCAACUACUGCGUGAUGUUAGUGGUUCUUUUAGACCUGGUGUACUGACAGCACUUGUUGGAGUGAGUGGAGCCGGAAAGACAACUUUAAUGGAUGUUUUAGCUGGACGAAAGACUGGAGGUUACAUUGAAGGAACCAUCAGCGUUUCAGGUUAUCCAAAGAACCAAGAUACAUUUGCCCGAAUAAGCGGAUACUGUGAACAAAAUGAUAUUCAUUCACCCUAUGUCACUGUGUAUGAAUCUAUCUUGUACUCUGCUUGGCUCCGUCUUCCUUCUGAAGUAAAACCAAGCUCUCGAAAGAUGUUCGUGGAGGAAGUAAUUGAACUUGUUGAGCUCAAUCCUAUAAGGAAUUUGUUAGUUGGCCUCCCAGGAGUUGAUGGUCUCUCGACAGAACAGAGGAAACGGUUAACAAUAGCUGUAGAGUUAGUGGCAAAUCCCUCCAUAAUUUUUAUGGAUGAACCAACAUCUGGCCUUGAUGCUAGAGCUGCUGCCAUAGUUAUGCGAGCAGUGAGGAACACCGUGGACACUGGUAGAACCGUUGUGUGUACUAUUCAUCAACCAAGCAUAGACAUUUUUGAAUCUUUCGACGAGCUACUCUUGAUGAAGAGAGGAGGGCGUGUCAUUUACGCAGGGCCUCUUGGUCGCAACUCAGACCAGCUUAUAGAAUAUUUUGAGGCUGUCCCUGGAGUGCCAAAGAUUAAAGAUGGAUUCAACCCUGCUACAUGGAUGUUGGACAUUAGUGCUCCAGCAGUUGAAACUCAGCUGCAAGUUGAUUUUGCUGACUUAUAUGCUCGAUCAUCCCUUUAUAAGAGGAAUGAACAACUGAUACAAGAACUUAGUACCCCUGCACCAGGUUCCCAGGACCUUCACUUCCCAACCAAGUAUUCACAGUCAUUUUCAACUCAGUGCAGAGCUUGUUACUGGAAGCAAAGAAAAUCAUACUGGAGGAAUUCAAGAUACAAUGCUAUCCGUUUCUUGAUGUCAGUAGCAUGUGGCGUCAUCUUUGGUACUAUGUUCUGGCAAAAGGGACAAAAAACAGGAAAAUUACAAGAUCUAAUGAAUCUUUUGGGAGCUAUAUAUUCUUGCAUCCUCUUCUUAGGAGCCACCAAUGCCAGCUCCGUGCAAGGAGUUGUUUCCGUGGAGAGAACAGUGUUUUAUCGGGAAAGGGGAGCUGGGAUGUAUUCCGCGAUCCCAUAUGCCUUAGGACAGGUAAAGGAAAACUGA